CGAGCUCCAUCCGUGGUCACAUCUCUCCUGCCUCUGACACUGUGAGAUCUCAACAGCAGGAUGCCUGAACAUGUCCAAGAGCGGAAACCCAAGAUCUCAGCCUCAAGGAAGCUGAUGCUCAAGAGUCUGAUGGUGGCAAAGGCCAAGGAGGAAUUGGAGCAGGAGAUUUUAGUCAAAGAGGAGGAGAAACAUAGGUACCUGGCUGAGAGGGCUCCUCCUUUAAAUAUGAGUGGCCUGAGCCUUGGCCAGCUUCAGGAUCUCUGCAGAGAGCUCCAUGCUAAGAUAGAUGUAGUUGAUGAGGAGCGAUAUGACAUUGAAGCUAAAGUCAUGCUCAACACACGCGAGAUUAAAGACCUGAAUAUCAAGGUACUGGACCUCAGGGGGAAAUUCAAGAGGCCUAAUCUUCGACGUGUCCGUGUGUCAGCUGAUGCCAUCCUUCGCUCGCUGCUGGGCUCCAAGCACAAAGUCUCCAUGGACCUGCGAGCCAAUCUCAAGUCUGUCAAGAAAGAGGACACUGAAAAGAAGAGGCCAGUGGAGGACAGUGACUGGAGGAAGAAUGUGGAAGCCAUGUCAGGGAUGGAGGGAAGGAAGAAGAUGUUUGAUGCUGCUAAAGGUCCUGCGCAGUGAAGCCAGGAGGUGGGCUGGGGUCACAUCAGUGACAUCACUCCCCUACAUCUGAAUCUGUCCUAUUCUUCUUGGGUCUAUUGUGGCAUCUGUGUUGUUGUUUCAUGCUGAUGUCCCUGCGUAUGCUCCUGCCAUGGAGGUGACAAUAUGCCCCCACACCCCUGAAAGGCUUUCAACUAUUCUGUUAGCUUUUUUUGAUAAGGCGUUAAAAUGACUCUGUUAUGUAAGAUUAUUUGUACUUUUCACACCAUGUUGCACCAUAGCCCCAGACAAUCGGCCUGAUAUUUGUAUGGCGGACAAACGUGCCAAAUUAAACUGUAUAUGUGAUUGUUUUGCUUGGGGAUAAACUUUAACCUUGUAAUGUAGAUUAUCAAAUCAUAGUGGUUAAAAAAGGUGCACUUCAUUAGCUGGACUGAAAGGAAAAAAGAAUGAAUAAAAUAUUAAAAGUACACUUUACAUGAAA